AUGGCUUCUACUAAGGGCGUCGCUCUGAUCACUGGCUCUUGCCAAGGCCUAGGAAGGGCUAUCGCCCUCAGGCUAGCAGAAGAUGGAUUCGACGUCUCUAUCAAUGACCUACCAUCGAAAACUAGGGAGCUUGAGGCCCUUGCAGCCGAAAUUAUCGCAAAAGGGAGGAGGCCGUGCGUCGUACUAGGAGACGUCUCGAUUGAAAGUGAUGUCAUAAGUAUCAUAGACAACACUGUUCACGAACUGGGGGCGUUGAACGUUAUGGUGGCCAAUGCUGGCGUUUGUACCUUCCGUAGCAUCUUGGACACUUCCACGGAUGAUUGGAAUCGUAUCUUUACGAUAAACGGACAGGGAACUUUCCUCUGCUACAAGUACGCUGCGAAGCAGAUGAUCAAACAAGGUAACGGCGGACGUAUUGUGGGCGCUUCUUCCAUUGCGGGGAAACAAGGUUAUAGCGAUUUAGCCGCUUAUAGUGCAUCCAAAGGUGCCAUCCACCUUUUCACACAAAGUGCUGCCCGAGAAUUCGGACCAUAUGGCAUCACAGUGAAUGCAUACGCACCUGGCCCUACUUACACUGAAAUGCUUACCGAUCUUGGUAAAUCUACAGGAGAUGAGAAGGGUUUUUACGAUGCGCAAAUUGCUAUGAGUGCCAGAGGACAGCUUCUGGAGCCUACUGACAUUGCUAGUAUCGUAUCUUAUCUCGUUUCUAGUGAAGCACGUCUCAUAACAGGUCAAAGCAUAUCAGUUAACUCUGGAUUGUUUUUCGAUUGA